CGCGCUCAUAUGGGAAUAAUCCGCGAGAGCAGGUGCUUUUUACCUCAUGGGGGAAUGUUGUAGGAAAACUUGCCCAUGUCUCAAGACAAUAUGGGACAAAAUAUACGGACCACCACAAGCGGAGGGGGAAAAUAGCGUGAAAGUUGACGGUGACUUUACGAACAAGGGCUUCGACAAGAAUGAGACUGAACGCCGUUAUUCGAAGCCGAAGAUCAAGCCGCCUUUACCACCGAGUGCAAACAACAAUGCUGCUAUUUACAUGGCACUGUGGGACUUCAAGGCGCGCAACGACCAGGAGUUGUCCUUUAAAGCUGGAGAUAAGUUCGAGAUUACCGACCGUUCCGGUGACUGGUGGACUGCCAAUAAAAAGGACAUAUUCGGCCGUGUGACCACCGGUUUUGUUCCUUACAAUUAUCUGGCUCGAGAUUCCGUAGAGUCUCAACCGUGGUUUUUUGGAAAGAUGAAUCGUGUUGGAGCAGUGAGCCACCUCAUGUCUGAUGAAAAUAAUUAUGGAUCUUUUCUUGUGCGGGUCAGUGAGAGUGACGACAUGGGCUACGUACUGUCAGUGAGGACAAAGGAAAAUGCAAAGCACUUCAAGAUCUUUCAGACUGGUGAUCAGUUCUACGUGGAUGCGUUGUUUAAGUUCAGCAGUAUAGUAGAAGUGAUUGAACAUUAUCAAAGUCACCCACUCUCCAUUGGGGACCUACUGAGUGAGCCUUGCAUUCGGAUAAAGCCGGAGAAUGUGCCACCUCCCUCAACGGAUGAAUGGGAGCUGCCUAAAGAGGAAUUUCAGCUGGAGAAUCAGCUUGGCAGUGGUCACUUUGCUGAUGUGUACAGUGGCAAAUGGAAAAAUCACUCUAAAGUGGCCAUAAAAAUCCUCAAGAACAACGAUGCUCUUGUGCUGAGGGAGUUUCAGUUGGAGGUGCAGAUCAUGAAGCGUUUACGUCACAAGCACCUGAUUUCUCUCUUUGCUGUGUGCACUUCCUCCUCACCGUUUUACAUCAUCACCGAACUAAUAGAAAAGGGCGACUUGCUUCAUUUCCUCAGAAAUCCAGAGGGAAGAUCAUUGCAGAUGGAGUCUCUGAUUGACAUGGCAGCUCAAGUGGCAGAUGGGAUGGCAUAUUUAGAGGCAAAUAACAGUAUUCAUAGGGACCUCGCUGCCAGAAAUGUGCUUGUAGGAGAUGGAUAUGUCUGCAAAAUUGCUGAUUUUGGCCUAGCUCGAAUCAUUAAGGAGCCAGUUUAUUUAAGCGAUGACAAGAAAAUACCAUAUAAAUGGACAGCACCUGAGGCCAUUGGUCAUGGCACUUACUCCAGUAAAUCUGAUGUCUGGUCCUUUGGGAUUCUCCUUUAUGAGAUUGUUACUCAUGGAGGAAUACCUUAUCCAGGUGUCAACACUGGUGAGGUGUAUGAUCUCAUAACGAAGGAAAACUACAGAAUGCCUUCACCACCCAAGUGUCCACAAGCCAUUUACAACAUCAUGCGAGCUUGCUGGAGAAUAGAGUCAGUGGACAGACCCAACUUUAAGGUUUUGAAGGAUGAGCUGGACAACUAUCAAGGCCAAUAUAGCAGUGUGGGAAAUUAACACAGACAGAUAACAACAUCCUGUUGGCUGAAACUUUUCUAAAAGACAGAUCCAUCAUAUAAUCAUCUUCAAUGAAUUAAAUGGACUGGCAAUUAGUCCACCGUAUCAGUUUUCAGAAAAUGAGGAUGCGCACUUGAAGCACUUUUUGGAAGCUCUUAGGGAAUAAUUUAUUGGGGUUUUGGGCAAUAUACUGUUUUAUUUUAUAAUGAACAAUGUUAAAGAGUAGAUUGUACUGAUUUGAAGACCACGAAAUAAAUGUUUAAAUCUGUAAUUAACAGUUUAGUCAAUCAGAUCAGUUCUGGGGCAUCAAAAGGUUUGUAAAAAUGUCUGAUUAUAUACUGUACAGAUACACAACCCUAUACAAACCAACACAAUAUGAAUGAUAGUUGUAUAUAAACAUGGUAUUAUCAUAGUGAACAUGAAGCUAAAUUAAUAUUUCAAAGAAUAUAUAAAAUGAUAAAUGAUAUGUAUAUUUAUGAUGAUUUUUGUAUUUUAAAUAUUGAGUAAUUUGUAAACUGUAAUAGUGCACUGCAUUGUUGAUUUUUGCAAUUUACCCAAGCUAAUUCUUCAGUGCAGUCAUAAUUACCAGACUUUUAAGAAAGAAAGUGCAUGCAAGAUUAGACAAAAAUUAUGUUAUUCAUACUUUUAACUUUUAUUCCAAAUAGACACAAUCCUAGUGUACAUGACCUCUAAAGUUUAUGACCUUUUAUAAUAAAAAAUUAACUGAU